AUGGUCUACGGUCUACGGUCUACGGUCUACCUUACCUUGACUAGGUCGACUGGGUACGUACCGCAUCUCACUUUCCAGCCCCUGGCCCCUGGAUCCGGCCCCGGUGAGUGGCAGAGACCAGAUGCAGAGAAGAGAGACACAGAAACAGAAACAGAAACAGAGACAGAGACAGAGACAGAGACAGAGGAAAGACAAGGAGCAGACAGGGGGAGAGCGAGCUCUGUAGGCUUGCAGGUACCUGUUGAACGUUUCCCACUGUCCUGUCUUGCCCUGUCUCCUCGCACGCCCACGCCACACCUGGGGGGCCUGGACCUGAACCCUGUGCCUGAGACAACGGCGUGGGACAAGACUCCAGACUCUCUCUUUCUCUCCACGCCUGUGUCUUGGUAUCUCCUCGCUUGGGAUUUUCUUUCUGCUCGCUCAAGAAACGACUUGUUGCGGCCGAGUGGGCGGGAUAGGGACGUUGGUACGGGUACGGAUACAUACUGGCAGUUUUUUCACCUCGAUCCAUUUGAUAGCGGCCUCAGCAAGGUUGGCAGUUGUGGGGAUAAGUCUCUGACGUGGUUGAACGGCCACAGCAAGUCGGGCUUCAUCGCCAGAUUGUUUUUGAAAAAGGCUCUCUCCGCAUACUACCUUGAGUUGGGCACCACUUACACCGUCGCUUCGCUUCGCUUGCUUCAUUACACUCCAUUCGCGUCCUCGAUCAAACGUUCGACUGGCAGCCCGGUUAGCAGCUUCUCUCUCUCUCCAUCUCUCCGUCUCUACUUCACCCAUGCGACGGCCGCCCCGUCCCAUCCAUCACCGUUGCCUCUGCUACUGCCACAGAAAGGAAACAACCGCAACGUUGGUGCUCACUUUCUUUGUUGUAAAAGAAAAUGCCGCCCCGCCGGCUGCCCGCGCAACGGUAAUCGAAGCCGCAACCGCUACGUCGGCCGCGGGAAGGCGAAAAGCCUCUUGUUGAAUCGUGAUAUUAUGAUUGACUCUGCGAAUACGGGGCACAUCGUCUUCUCAUUGUGGUUUUCUCGCGUCUUCUUGGGAGCAUGCAGUCUGCCAUCACGCACAUUUACGCCCGCUAAGAAAAACCUCAACCCACCCUCCAUCACCGGCAGUCCAGUCAUACCUUGCGUCAAUCGUCUGUCCUUCGCAAAUCGCUUGACCGCUGUCGACAUCUGGGCCCAAUUCACACACACACACCUUCUUUUGAUUCUCCAACACGUUCAACAACCUUGUUCAUCAUCUUGGACCCGGACUUGGCUGGAGCUUUUCGAGAUCUCCUCACUCUCACUCUCUCUCGGCCCCCCUCCGCGUUAUCCCACCUUUUUGGGACCUCUUGCUGGCAGUUUCUUCGAAGCUUUCUCCCCAGCGACUGUGCUUCCUCGCCGAGAGGACAGACCCCCGACUUUAGCAGACCAGCGCCAGCGACGCAGCAGCAGCAGCAGAGAGACGUCGUGGAAAAAGAAACGCUCCUCACAUCUCAUCUUCAACACCGCUCGUCCUCACCUCACAGACGCGCUCCCCAACCGUCACCUCAGCCCUGCUCAUUCUCCAUCCAAACCAGCACCGCUUUCCCAGGAGCGUCUCAUCAUUACUCUGCCACCUCGACUCGUCACAUCGGGGCCUUGUUUCUUCUUGAAUGCUUUUCGAGCUGUGUACAUCUUGAGGGUCCAUUGGCCUACGGAUAUCACUCCCACUCAUCACCCGUUUUCCCGCCUCUUUGCCCUCAGCGAACAGCAGCAGCAACAGCAACAGCAAAAUCAUUCCCCUGAACUCAAAUUUCCCAUCCGCCCAAUACAAGCCCGCCAGCAAACGCCUAUUCCUUUCAAAUUCUACUACUCCUUCUAUCCCGUUCUCCGGACAAACGACUACCUACUCCCCCGUUCUAAGGAUCGCCACGCCCGCAGGGCCCAAAACCAGGCCGGCCCUACCUUGCCUGCCAGCGCUCGAGCGUCUCCCACACCAAGACCCGCUGGCGAGGACGACGCCAGUUACGGUACAUGCCAAAAGUCACUCGACCUACCUUACCCUUACCCUCCUCCUCCUGGUACUCCUCCUCUCUCCUCCUCCCUCACUCCCACUACCCUACCCUACCCUACCGGUACCCCUGCCUUGCCUCUCCUCUCUGUUACCCGAGCGUACCUCACUCCACGCCUCCACAGCUCUCCUAUCCCCCUGCUCAGAAUCCAUACCUCGUUACAGGGGCCCCUGGAAGAGCAACCUGCCCGCUCCAGCAGAGCAGAGAAGCACCACUUCUUUUUGAAUCAACGCCUCCACGAUAAUCUUGGACUGGCCUGCCUGCGAUCGUCUCCCUUCUGCCCCUUCCAAAGUACGCUGUUGCGUUUGGACUCGUCUUGUGCCGGGCAUAUCCCACUCGUCCUUGUCGUUCCUGAGGAUAAACUACAUUCAAACCAACAAGACCGUAUCGUCACCGUCGUCGUCCUUCAUAAGUCGACUAAACAACAAAUAACAAAAACACCAAAUCUGUCGUUCACUCGCCAGUUCUCCACCACGACACACACUACUCGACUCUCACCACAGACACCAAGGUUUCUCCAUUCCCGGCUCACCGUCGUCGACACUUGCAACAUCCUGGCAUCUCCCAAAGUAGCCUCACCACACACCACGAGAAUAGAGAGAGAAGAGCCUCAGACUGGAUCCUCUUCACCUUCGGAGACCAUCAAGAGCUCUGUGCACACUUCUGCGCGAGUCGUUGAAGAGAAGCCAGACGAGAAAAUAGAAGCAAGGAAGCUGCCGGUAGAAGACUCGAAUCCGCUUGGUCUCCCGUACCUGAGCGCUCAGAGGUUCGACGAUCGCAUUGUUCCUGGUGGUCACCAUUAUGCUUCUAGUCUCGGAAACUUAACACACGCCGGCCCUCGACACUUGGACUUCGAAACAAAAUACACGGCAAGCCAGCCCGAACUUGGUUCACCCUUCUUAUCUCAUCCGCCGCCCGAAGAAGGGAUUGUCCUGCAAGCAACAUCAGCACUUCCCACCAGUUUGCGCUCGACCACUCGCAACAGAUCCUCCAGUCAGGUGGCUAAUUUUCAUCGAAGACGGAGAAUUUUAGUGCCUGUGCACCAGGACCCUCCCACCUUCUGCUCAGGCCUCUUCCUCUUCCUCCUCAUCUUCUUCUCUCUUAAACACCGUCCGUCCAUCCUCCUCUUCCCUUGUUCAACGUUCCUGAACGCACCGUCGUCUUCAACGCUUCGAACACUGCUCAUCUUCGGCAACCUUGCGCUGGACGCCGCACCCGUUCUUGUCUCAAGUCGUCGACCUCCUACUUCUCGGCACACAUUCACCACCCUUGCCUUCUUCAACGUUCCGAACCAGGAUAACAUAUCACACACAUCAACCCACGCUACCCUUGCUUCUUCUACUCCGGACACCAUAUCAGCCCAGUCCCUUCAUCACCCGAUAAUUCAAGACACCUUUAUCCCUCGCCGCGGAAAAAUGGAACUCAUGGAGCUUGUCGAGAACGAGCCCACUGCUCGCCCCUUCCAGUGCGACUGGCAGUCGUGCAACAAGAGCUUCAACAGGAAGUCCGAUUUGCAGAGACACUACCGCAUUCACACCAACGAGCGUCCCUACUCCUGCACAACGCCCGGCUGUGGCAAGAGCUUCAUUCAACGGAGUGCUCUGACUGUCCACAUCCGUACUCACACGGGAGAGAAGCCUCACCAAUGCCAGCACAUUGGUUGCGGCAAGCGAUUUUCUGAUUCUUCGAGUUUGGCCAGACAUCGCCGUAUUCACACUGGCAAACGCCCUUACAAGUGCGCCCACGAUGGCUGCCUGAAGAGCUUCUGCCGCAAGACCACAAUGGUCAAGCACCAGAGGAGAUCUCACCAGCGCGGCCUCCACCACAACGAGCUCUUGGACGACUGCACAUCAGACUCCGACAGUGGCGAGUCUCAUUCGACCCCGAAGCACGCCGGCAUGCAGUGGCCUCCUCAAGGCGUCAUGGCCAUGAACCACCCCGGUAUGGGUCACGCAAUGCACCGAGCUGCCUCAUUUGCCGACUUCGGCCAGCACAUGAACGGUUACCCUAUGCCCCAGCAGCAGCAACAGCAACACUACGGCGCGCACCGCCACAGCCUUUCUUCCGGCGGAGCACACGAGGUCCACGGUAUGGUACACGACCAGCAACACCCUGGUGUACACAUGCUGCAGCGAACCGCCAGCAUGGGCCAGCACUCGUACUACGUGACGGAGCAGGGCAACCCGGGUGUAGCUACCAUGAACACGGCCAUGCCCCAACAAUACGGACAGGUGCCCCGGCAACAACAGCCGCAGGUUGAUGUGUCGUACUCUCAACCUGGUAUGAACCAAUCCAUCCAAAGCAGCCCGAGCAGCUUCUCGGCAGCAUCGGGUAGGAGCCCAUCCAUUCAGGAAGGGUUUUAUACUCACCAGCCAACCCAAGCAGCCACAUAUGCCCUGCAUCAUGCCUCCCCCGUCCUCGAGCAACAGCAAGCCGGCAUGGUCGCGUACCCGCACCAGCAGAUGCAACAGCAGAUCCAUACCCCCCAACCGAUCCCGACUCAGGCACCGCAGCCUCCGCCUCAGCAAGUCAGCCAGUACGCCUCACCGGCACCCCAGGCCCAACCCGAAGAGUACUGGAACGGCGUUCCGUACCAGGCACCGGUCGAGGUUGCAACAAUUGGCCAGCUGCCGACCUACGGCUCCGGCGUGUACGACCCUUGGGGCGGCCCCAAGAUCGAGUUCGAGGAUCCCUCAAUGCAGCUCCCGUCCGCACGGAUCGAGAACAUGCAUCUGUGCCUUCCGAAACCAAAUCAUCAUUUCCAUCGGUGCCUCGUCUCGGCGCCGCUUGCUAAGGAGAUACCACGCGGGCUCCACAGAACCGAGCUGUCGAUUGUUGAAAAGAAGAGGAUGAGCCUUUUGGACGCCUCUAGGCCCAGUGCCCCGCCACGCCUGUCAUCCCUCCCUUGGGGCAGUCUCAACGGGCCAAAAGGGAUCCAGACGAAGAGAAACACAAGGAACAGAAAAUGUCAGAUCAAUCCCCCAAAAGCAUACAUCAAGGACGAUCGCUGGAUCUGUCGCUUCUCCCGCCUCGAUUUACUCCGUGGCUCUUCGCCUUCGGGCACCAUUUUCUUUGUCAAGCACAUACUAUUACCCCGUCGACUUGGAAUAUUUGCAUCUGUUUUCAUCCGGGAUAUAUCAUUGGUGGUCUUCCUGUCGCUUCGAGUUUAUAAUUUCGUCUUUAGUCGGUCGGGUACUCCUGGGGUUUUUGGAGCUUGGUACGGCGGUUUCCGGAGCCGGUCGGGCGGAUGGGGGAAAGCCACUGGCAUGUUGGGAAUCAUUGGACGAUAUCCGAAUCUUGACGGCCCUUUUACGACCUUGGUGGAGAGGGUGAAAUCGCAUGGGGAUGGGAGGAGCAGGACAAUAAUGAGGAUGGAAGGAGGCUCGGUCGGGUUUGGCAGCUUUGGAAUUUCUCCGUUGCUUUUUCUCAAGGCCUCACGGCGCGACCCGGAAAACAAAAACAUUCCCUGUAACAACAACAGCACGAAGCCGACGAAUUCUCCUGUCUGGUGGUGGGCGGCGCAUUCCCUAGAACAGAUUCCUCAGGGGAAGGGUUGA